AAGAGAGGUGUGGUUGGGUUGAAACGGGAACCAGUGGAAAAAACAGGAGGGAACGCUUCCCGCUGCGUUUAUUUUUAUAAAAAAAAUACAAUGGUGCGAGCCACGCAGAAAACGAGGGGAAUCACAUAGAGUUUUGCUACAGUGGCGUACCUUCAUAUCAAAACAUAUGUAUUACCUGUGGAAUAAACCUGGAUUUUUAGGUACUGUUGGAAAUAACUCUUCAGAGAAUCCAUUGGUAUAUACAGCUGUGCCGUCCGAAGAAAUACAAUCUUUCGAGAAUUCUACUACUUUAAUUUUCUUAUGAUAGCAAGGUCGAGAAUGGCGAAAAAACUUGAUACUUUUCUCGCCCUCGAGGCAAAAUUGCUCGAAACAGCGACUGCAUUUCAACAAAAUCUUUACGAAAUUUCGGGCGAUUGGCAUAGCUUCGAAUACAAAGAAUUUAAUUACCUCAAAGACUACAUUGGUUGUGCUAUGUUUGGGCCUCCUCAAUCUAAGGACCAAGAUGAAUCGAAAUACAAUGCAAAUGAAUCACAGAAUAAGAAAAAAAGUGAAGCCACAGAAGACCUUGCAAUUCAGUAUAACGUAGGAUACUAUGUUUACGAAAAAAAACAGCAAGAGACUAUAAACUUGAUUUUUGACAAAAUUCUUGAGAAUGGAAAUCGUUACAACUCAAGAGGAACCAUAUUUUGCAACGUAAUAUUUAAUGUGAUAUUCAACACGAAGCAAGCACACGAAGCUUUCAAAAAGUACAAAGGAAAAUGGGAAGCUUACUGUGAACGAAAAGAAAAUAAGGAUGGGAAGGAGACCUCUGAAUGUUCGAUCCCUGAAGUACAAGUUUAUCCUGUACCUGUAUUCAAAGUGAAGCAGGUUCGCACUAAAUGGACUCUCAGUGAUAAUAUUUCUCUUUCCAGUACAACUUCUGAGAAAAUUUAUUACAUAGACAAUGAUGGACGAGUUUAUAAAGGAUUCAAAGAUUACUUGGAUAACAAUACAUUACCAAAAUGUACUAUGGUCUAUCCAAAAGAUGGCAAAUAUCAGAUGAAUCUGGUAUCAUUUAAACAUCGCAAGCAUCCAAGAAAAAAUGGAGAAUUUAUAACAGAUGUCUGGCUGGAGCAUCGCCAAUCACCAGCUGACAACCUAGCAUCAAAAGUUCUAAAGGGUGGCGAUAUUGCUACUACAAUCAUCAGUUUUGCUAGCUUGGGUGUUGGAAUUGCUGCCAUGUUCACUCCUAUUGGUCCUAUUGCAGCAAUUGCAGGUGGAGUAGGUGGUGCAAUAGGCAGCACUUGGACCGUUGGAAGAUCGGCUCAACAUUUGGCUGAUCGAGGUCUCCACGAUGAAACAAUAAAUCCAAUCGAGAAUAGAUCUGUGAUGGGUGCUUGGAUCGGGAUUGCCGGUGGAGCUGUAGGCUUUGUAGCUUCUGGUAGCACAGCUCUCGUCUCACGUGCGAUACGUACAGGAACAACGAUCGGUAGAGCAGCAACGGUAGCUUACGACGCAGUGCUAAUUGGCAACUUGGUCGUAAAUGGGGUUGGCCUCAGUUUCAAAGGUUACGAUAUGUAUGCCUCGUAUAUGGAAAGCAAACAGAUUUCAGCAGUAGAUGUUGUUAUGCUUGCCACACAUUUGUUUUUCUUCGGAAAUUCUGUAAUGAAUAUCCGGUUUGCUCGAACCAUCAUCGAAUCUUCACAAGCCCAACUGUUGAAAGAUUACGAAGCGAGUUUACGCAGCAACCGACACCGUAAUGAAUUCCAAAGAAUGGCUCGUAACACGAGAGCUGCCGGUACCAAUGAUAUUUCUAGCAACGAGGAAAUCAUCCGAGGAAUCAACAAAAUUUCAAACAAGGAUGAUUUCUUUCAAGCCAUGGUAAGAAAUCGCGAAUGUUUGAGUGCUUCGAGUGCCAGAGCAGCUUUCUCUGAUGGCAAGGUCACUGUCAAUGACGUCUUGAUAAUCGAUCCUAUUGAAUUUGCAAAUUUACCGAGAGAAGUACGAACAGAGAUCAUUAGAAACGUGGUCAAUCCUCAAACCGGGAGCAACAUCCAUUCACCCGGAAUCUCCAACGCCUCUAGCGGACUUAAUCCACCGAAUUCUGCAUCGAAAUCAGCCAAUUCGGCUGGCAUUAAACCGAAUUACGUGACUGGAACACAACCCAAAGAGUUUCGAGAAGCCAAACCAAAUUUGGUAAAAUCGAAGGUUGAGAUGGAAAUUCGACCGAACGAAACAUCGUAUAGAAAAUUCGAUACAACCAACCGUACAGUUCUCAAGGAAUUUUGCACUCGACACGCGAACUCCAUGAUGCAAGCUGCGCCACCGCACAUUGCUGAUUUUUCAAAUGUCCUCACAGAACUUCGUUCUGUUGUCAAUUACGCACAAAUUUUUACUAUUUUGCUUGAAAUCGGGUACAAAAUAUGGGAAUCUUUACCGCAAGAUAGAAAAAUAACAAUUGGCGAGGUUCUUAGAAAAAUAGUAGAAUUUGUUUGGAAUUACGUUAAGACGUGUAUAAAACGUCGAAUACCGAAAAUUCCAAUCGAUGAUCCUGCGCUAUGCAAAUUUUUGAUUCCCAUCAUACAAAAACUUUCCAUUAUGGUCGAAGAGGAAAUCGAUGUUUGGGUCGAAGCCUUCAUUAAAUGGCUCGAAAAAAAAUGUCCUCAAACUUUUUAAUUGAAAUUCAAUUUUGAAUCGAUAACUCGUACAAUUAUAAGAAACCUCGAAGGUGCCUCAGAAUCUCAAAACUAGACUGCUAUAGACUGUAAUAUUAGGGAGACUGAAUUUUCACUUAACGAAAAAUAACAUAUCAUAUUUUUCAUAAAUUCACAUAAAAUUGUGAUAAUCGUUAGGAUUCUACAAUAAAUUUGUACAAAUUUCAAAUAA